AUGCCCAUGGCAUCUGAAACGGCGGCUUUGUCCUCAUUCGAGAACACAGUUACACAUGUAUGUGCACACUGUGAUUAUGAUUACCAUGUAUCAGGGUUUACGUUUACAGUUGGUCAUUAUCUAGAAAGAAUACAAUCAGAUAAACAUUACAAAGUGAAGCAUAUAACAUCAUCAGCAGAGUUUGAUAUGGAAACAUUUCAGAAGAUUCUUAAAAAGGUCAAGAUACCGGAUAAUUGCCUUGACCAUAUAUCAUAUAAGAGAUGCUUCAAAAUUACAGAGCUUGAAACAGAAAUAAACAUUCUCUUGAAUACUUCGGAUCCGGAAAAACAAGUUGAUAUGCUGGUCAUUGAAGACUUAUGCGAUCUUUUUAACUUCGAUUUUUUCAAGGAUGAUACCAGGGCGAGUGCACACAUAGUAAUCAUAUUUAGAAAGCUUCGAAAGCUUGCACAAAUCAAAGGGAUCUCAGUGAUUGCGGUUGAGAUUCGCGUUGUCGUUAUUGAUGGUAAGGGUCAUCUUCUCGGAAGAUUGGCAUCAGUUGUCGCCAAGGAGUUGUUGAACGGUCAGAAGGUCGUUGUCGUCAGAUGUGAGCAGUUGAACGUCUCUGGUGAACUUUUCAGAAACAAGUUGAAGUACCACGACUACUUGAGAAAGAAGACUAGUUUCAACCGUCUCAGAGGUCCAUUCCACUUCAGGGCACCAUCCAGAAUUUUCUACAAGGCCGUCAAGGGCAUGAUUCCACACAAGACUGCCAGAGGUGAGGCUGCGUUGGAGAGACUUAAGGUCUUUGAUGGUAUUCCAGCUCCAUACGACAGAAAGAAGAGAGUUGUUGUUCCUCAGGCAUUGAGAAUCUUCAGAUUGAAGGGAGGAAGAAAGUACACCACCAUAGGAAAGUUGUCUGCCUCCUUCGGCUGGAAAUACGAGCCAGUUGUUGAGAAAUUGGAGAACAAACGUAAGGCUAGAUCCCACGAGUACUACGUUGCCAAGAAGGCUGCUGCCAAGAAGUUGGCUGCUGCCAAGGCUUCUGUUGUUGACACCGAGGCUGCUAAGAAGUUGGCUACUUUGGGAUAUUAA